CUUGCGGCGCAUGCGCGCUCUUUAAUGAUUUGUCGCACCCCAGCGAAACAGUUUCGUGCCUCGCCGACACGUGCGAGGUAACUAACUAUGCAGUGCUCACUACAUAAGAAGUAUGAAUUAAUUUAGACUAGAUUUAUGCCCAGUAAUGGGACGUGAUAUAUACUGUUUAGGAUCAAACAUACUUAAAUGAAGGCAAGUCCGUUUUUCUGAAUUAAUCAUGAGCUCACCGAAACUCAGUGAAAGAUGUCCGAGCAGUAUGAGCAAUGGCAAGAAACUCUUAAGCAACGACUCAAAGGAGGAUUCCUUAGACAAUUCAAUUAGAGAUUCAAUAAAGUCAGAGAGACCGGGGGGCGGUGGCGGAGGCGGCGGGAGCGGAGGUGCCGCCAAGAGCGAGGAAGACUGGCGGCGCAGGACCAUCAUCGUCGAGAAAAAGAACGGCAGCUACGGGUUCACCCUCCAGAGCUACGGCAUUCACUACAAAAAGGAACAAGAAAUAGAAGUAAUAACUUAUGUAGACCACGUGGAGCCGGAUGGGCCGGCGGCGGCUUCAGGCAUGCGCGAGGGCGACGUCAUCCUGUCCAUCAACGGCGGCGACGUGGAGCGCGCCGACCACGCGGCCAUCGUCGAUGCCAUCAACGCCUGCGACUCCCGCAUGCGCAUGGUCGUCAUAUUCGAGGACUGCGUCCGCAAGGUCGAGCUCCAUCUCAAGUACAUUAACAUACAACGAGCCAUACAAUCCAAAUUGCGAGAACUAGAGCAAUUAACCGUUCGUGAGCGCCAGCUGUUCGACACCAAUUGGAAGACACACAGUUUACCUUCGCAAAAGAAAAAGUCUUCCCCGACCGACGUUUCUUCCGAUAACGAAGAGAACAACCCGGCGGACAACAUCAAUGGCACUUACUGCCGGCCGACGCUUUCCAGCGAAAACGUCACUGCCGCUAAACCUCCACAGCCCAGUGUGUUUAUGUACCAGUACUUGGAUACCCGCUAUGGAGCCUGUAUCAUACAACCUAAUAUAAGGACUGGUAGCUUCGUUAUAACGGUCGGCUCCCCUAGAAACAGACGGGAGUGCCAUCAUUAUGUUGUUAAAACUCCGAACGAAUGCCAUAGAGCGUCCGAGAAUCACAAUAAUGAAUAUAAAUCAGCAGGUGGGAAACAUUCAAAAUCACAUAGAAACAGUCACAGUCACAGUUGUACCCCAUGCAUGCCUGCUUACAACAAUCAAGAUGCGAAUAGCCUCGAAGCUUAUGAUUUAGCAAGUCCAUGUUGUGAUCCGCAUUGUGUGCCAAAUUCAAGAAAGAAAAUAAGGCGUAAGAAAGAAUGCUCCAAGGAACACAAACGUAAAGAAAAAUACCAGCAAAUAGAUAAAUCAACACAAAAGCCGGACGGUUUUUCCAACUCGCGUACAAAAAAAGUGUGUACAUCCGGACAGUGUUCGAAUCGUUAUCGUUACUUGACCACGGAGUCCACACAGACUAGUCAAUGUAGCCUGCAGUCAUACGCCACAAGCAACGCGACAGCACCAUGUGACAAUUCAGUCUCUAGUUACAGUACUUCCUUAAGUAGUGACACACUUUUUUGGGAUAAUGAUCGGUCUGAAGCAAAAUCAUCACCAAAGAUACAAUAUCAAAGUUCUCACCAACACGUCAAGCCGAAAUCGUGGGACAACCUCACUACGAAAGCUUUUGGCGGCUAUGGUUUUGGAUACGGUUAUUUAGAUACAACUGCAAAACAUGCCAAUCGAUCCAAGAGCCACGGGCGCAGUCACAGCGGACGUAGCACACAAAGCCAUCACGAGUACCAACAUCAAUCACAAGAAAAACACACUCACCGCCAGUGUUCUACGUCUCAUCACUACCAAUCGUAUGGUAGGAAUCAUAAUCACUGUGCGCCCACUAAAUCUACUGAGAGUCUUAUCGUGGUGCCGAAAUAUCAACUUGAAAGCAGCGGGUCGGAGAGUCGCUUGGCCUGUGACUGCGGGGAGUCCAUAGAAUACUACCGGAAGGUCAGUGCUACGAAGAAUUCUGGCGACAGUCACACUGGAUACUAUUCCCAUCAUUUUAUAUACCCAACCCAUUCUUACAAAAAAAAGGACUCUAACGUUAGCUCUGAAAUAACCAGGCUUUAAAUGUAGCUUUCGCGUGAUUUUAGUAAAAUUGUACUUCUAGUAGUUGAUAAAAUUAAGUAACUAGAUAUUAGGAAUAGAUGUUUUGUACUUUAUUUACUUACAAGUUAAGGAUCUAAGAACGUGGUGCAAGAAGCUUAUUAA